UACGGAGUGAGAGAGCUGCCUGAUACUGAUGAAGAGAACGAUCCACCCGGCCGCGCUCUAUGCUGCGCUCGGUCCGACAGUCCAUCUGCUCAUUGGCUGGAUCUGAAUGUGGAACGCCCACUAAGACACACCCAGAGAGCUCAUCUCUGGACAGUGGCAUUCCUCCCUCUCCGUCCGUCAUGCCUCGUUCCAGUGGAAGCGUCAGUGUGAUGGAUGAGAGUGGUGUUGAAGUGGAGGUGAAACUGAGGAGAUCCAAGAAGAAGAAGAAAUCCGGUCGUGGCAGCAUGAUCUUCAUCAGCGAGGAGAAAGAGCGGUGCAACACCCUCGACAAACGGCUUUCCAAGAAGCAGGAGUUUCGCAGUGACACGAAUCUGUCAGAGCCGAGUGAGAGCAGCGGCCUCGUCAACUCCAGAUCUCUGCCCACUAUUACAGGUCUGGCUCUGUCAGUAGCCAAUGGGAGUGAGGAGGUGGAGUCAGCACGGUCCAAGCGUGACAGUAAAAGCGUUUCUGUGUGUCUGCCAUCGGACCGCACCGGAGACCGUCGCUCCAAAGGAGUCAUAAACCUGCUCUUUAAAACCAAGGUCUCCAAACCUGAUGAAGCAAAAACCUCUUCUGAACCGUCUGAACCAUCCACUCGUUUUUAAUUCUGUCUCUUUAGUUUUUUUUAAAUAGCAUUUUGGCUGUUCAUUUUUCUAGCACUCUUAACUUGAAUCUGUUGCAAACGUAAGUGAUAAAGCUCUUAAAGCCUGAUAGUAACAGAGCUGCAGAAGCAAAAAGAGCCUUGAUUUCAUUGAACAUGUUUGAAAACAAACUCUGAUGAUAUGAAGUCAGUGUUUUAAACAUUGUAUCGUCUGUACCAGCAAUAAACUCUUUUAAAAUUA